UGUUUCUAUUUUGGACUGAGAAAAAGCAGAGGAGCUUAGUUUUUUUUUUUUUUUUUUCCACACAUUAUCUGUCACAUAUCAUAACAUCAUGACACGGUGACAGUCAUGAUGUUAUUAGUAAAAAAAUUAGUAAAAUUAGUAAAAAAAAACAACAACAUUUUGUUUAUAAAAGUUACAUAAUGCAGCUUUAAUAACAACACUAUGGUGAGUAUCACAUGGAAAUAAAUAAUGUAAACAGAGUUAGAAAAUGGAUAGUUUAGAAGUUCCUCCAUGUUUUGAAGCUUUAUCUAAAAUAACAAAAGGAACAGAAUAUUUACAGAACUUUAUUUCUUCUUACUUGCCCUCUGUUAGCUUUGUUCCACUCAUGGAAGUUAAUUUGCAAAAAAAAAUAAGCAAUUUCCAAAUAUGUUCGACACCAAAUAAGUGAACUUAGACAAAAUGAACUCAGCGAGGAUUAGAACUAAAACGUCUCUUCAAAUGUAAAGGCAGAGUGCUCCUGGUCUAGGAGGACAAGAUCAUCUUUUCUCUUUCAUUUCAGCCAAACUUUAAUUGGCACCGUGUAUGAAAACGGCUAAAGCCAUAAAAAAACCCUGAAAAGAAAAAUAGAGAAAAGACUAAAAGAAAAGGGGAGGAAAAAGUGAAAAAGUGAAGCGGUGGGGUUGCUCAUGAGCUGGCACAGAUCUGCAGAGCCAUGGACACUUUUGUGCUCUUCUUAGCGGAGUCACACAGGCUGAGAUCAAAGGGCUCCUCGACAGCCUCUUGAUCUUUUAUCCAGUCCUUAUAAAUCAAGGAGAGACUUUUCCGCGAGCGCAGAUAAGUCCUAAUGUUUUCAAGAGAUAUGAGUGCGUGAAGGCCAGUCAGGUUAGCCGUGCAAGAAACACACAGGUAGCAGAUAAUAAGUGGAAGGAAGGGAGAGUGAAACAGCUAAAACUUUCAACCUUGAGACAAACCUGCUCUGACUUCAUUUAUUCUUACACAGGGCCCUGCAGAGGACGGUAAGGGGAGCCGAGACGGUGGCUGAUGAGGGCCAGCUCAAAGUAAAAAUGAUAGAAAAUAAAUGUAAAAACUGAUGACAAUGUUAUAGAUUUGUAUUUUUGUCCUUGUAAUCACUGCAUUUUGACAUUAAUCUGCCAAAUGAACAAUAUUUGAAAUUGUUGCUAACUAUUUACUUUACAAAGUGAAUUUAAUAAAAGUUCUCGAUCUUUUUUGCCUCACGUUUUAUUCCAUACAAUCCAACAUAUGCAGCAUUUAGCACUGUAAUUAAAAGCAAAGCAGAUCCUUAGGACCCUAUUCAGAAUAUACUUAUCUUCUAAGAGUCAAAAAUUUCACCAAGCUACAGUGACUAUAUCCUUCCGAACAUUUGGAUCCAAGUGGUGUCGAUUAACCUCUGAGGGGCAGCAGGGCAGGAAAGAAACAUUCACCCUGAAAUCCAACAGCCCAGCAUUUCUUCUGACUUAUUUCAUCUUAUAAAAGAUGAAAUAAGUCAACAGUUCAACAACUGUCUGCCCUCGUAAGUACAGAGCAGAAGAGUCAAACAUUAUUUUCUAAAUAACUCUGGUUAAGUUGGUAAGUCUUUCAACUGUACCUGGGCAACAUAGAAAAACCAAAUGUCCAGCUCACACAUUAAUAGCUCUUUUUCAUGUUGGGGAUCAGUUAUUAAUACAACAAAAAGCUCAGAAAUAAGCAAGCAGUUUCCUUCAUCGUUGUCUGAUUUACUCCUUUGUGAAACACAGUCUGUCAGCUCAAGCAAAACCAGAGGAGAAGAACAUUUUCAAAAGGUUUAACAGGCCUUAUUUACAUUAAAGAAUAAUGAGCUCAUAAAUGAAACCUGAUGUCAUCACUGGAGGAAAAACACCAGACUGUUUCACUCAUCUGGGCAUCAAAACUCGGAUAACUGCACAUUACCAACUUAUUUACCAGUUUUUGAACCGUAGAAAGUCUUAACUCUGCGGCAGCCAUGAAGCCAAAGAUCAUUCAUCUCUAUUAUUUAUUAAAUAUGUUGCUCAGUUUGGAUUAGCAUGAUGACCGUGUUUAAAAUAUGUAUUCAAAAAUGCGAGUUUUUAGAGUAAUGUGUAAAUCCAUUUGUGGCCUCAUUUGAAACCAUUCAGCAGUAAAUAAAGAUGAUGAAUUCCCAGUAAUUCUAAAGAAUUCAGACAAGUCUGAAGAAAAAGUUUAACGUUAGUAUCCGGGACAUUUUCUGCUGUCCAACAAGAGCAGCGGAAAAGUCCAGCAGCAGGUCUGAUCACUGGGAGGCAGAGAAACAGGAAACAGAACUUCACACCGCAAAAACGUUGAGUCUUACAGAGGACUUUCAUUUCUAUCGAGCACAUAUCUUAGGAUACUUGAAAUGAGGCAGAAUUUACUCAUAAGUAACUUUUCAGCAAGAAAUAGGAGCUUGUUUUGACUCAAUAAUUCAGUAAUAUUAAUGAAAAAGCAUUUGUUUCACCUAUUGGGGGAAAGUCUUGUUAUAAGUUAAAUAAACUCCCAGUGGAAGUGACAUUUUCCCAUCAAUAUUAAGAAAGUAUUAACUUAAAACAAGCUCCUUUAUUUCUUGCUGAAAAGUUGUUUGUAAGUUAGUUUUGUCUUAUUUCAAGUGAACUAAUACAUUCGCACUAGAAAGUAGGCCAGAAGUCCUUUGUUAAGGUUGUGUUUUUGCAGUGCUGUUCCCAAUCCUGGAGGAACACAACAAUCUUUUCACAUAUUUGAAAAGUCAUUCGCAUUUUAAUUGCAAAGGUACGCAUAAAUUCAACUUGAAUACAACAUAACUUUUAACCAAAACAUUUUUUCCAAUUUCUGGAUUGCGUGUCAAAGAAAAAAAAAAAAAAGCUCAAAAAUGCAAAAAAAAAAAACAACAAAAACAACAACAACAAAAAAAAAAACAUUAAAAGUUUCUGUCCCUACAGGAGAAUAUUUAUCUCCAUUCAGACGUGUGUAAAUGUGGCUCACACCACCGCUGUGUGCGGGUGACUGGGGUUUUUUCUAAAUAACUCUGAGAUUUUUAUUUAUUUUUUCCCUUCAGCAACAACAAGUAGCUGUCAUCAGGGACUUCAAUUAGAUCCUCCAGAACACCCCUGCUUAAAUUAUUCAGCAUGGACAAGGUUAAUGGAGAUAAACCCACGGGCAAAUUACCCGUGUGUGUGAGAGGAAGAGGCAGAGGAGGUUUGGGGAGAAUCUGCGGUCCAAAUAUGCAUCAGGCUUCUGACUAAAUGUUAAGUAAAAUGCUUGAAACGAGUCCGUUUAGUUAAAUCGGGUUUAACACACCAAUCUGCGCUUUCGGUUCCGGAUAAAAGUGAGAGGAAACCGAACUGCUGGGGUUCGGAGGCCGAGCUGCAGGUGGUUCAGAGCCCCGACAGAAACGCGUUCAAUAAAACAAAACCUCUGAGCUAUUUAAUAUUUACAAUUCAGACUAAAAACGAUUUUAAUUCACACGAACGUGAAAAGAAAUGCCCAAAUGUGGGAAAAAUAUCAAAGACUUAGGCAUUUUAAUUUAGGAAAUAAUUUAAAAACGAAUUUUAUUUUUAUUUUUUUAAGUAACGCGGUUAUCUGAGGUUUUAAGCUAAACUUGCGCCACGAAGGCUGUGGGCAGAAAUUAAUGAUGGCGGUGAUGAAAGGAAAAAAGAAAUAAAGUAAAAGAGAAUGAAAUAAAAAUGUAUAUUUCAGAAAAAAGAAGAAGAGAAGAGAAGAAGAGACGCAAAAGAGGUUCUAAAAUGUCCGCUGUUUAAACGGACCGGCCCGAAUCGUCCGCAUCAGACAAAGAUCAACUUGAAGGAAGAAGAGCGCUGCGCUGAAAAUCGGACGGUUCUGCAUCCCGGCGUGGAGCUGCGAGCAGCGGGCAGCCCGGUGAGCCCCGCCGCCGCUGCUGCUACCGCAGCAGCUCCGGCAGGACCAUCAUCCUCUCGGCUGGCGCUGAUUGGCUGCUUCCAAUGACAGCUCCGCACAUGAUUGCGGGAGGAGAAGCCCCACCCCCUUUAACUCUUCUUAAGGAGCCAUUCAUAAACUACUCAAACCUAGCGCCGAGCUGAGACUGGACGAAAAGUGAGCGAGGGCAGAGAAAGGCACGAAGAAGAGAUGAAAGCUCCAGCAGCGCGGCGUCUUUAAGCCCGUCCAGCUACCUGGUUCUGACCCCGAACCUGAAUAUGACUCCCUGGAAGUGCUCAUGAGCGGGACUGAUAAUCUAGCAGGCUGCUCAGAUUCAUUUCUAUCCGCUUCCUCCUUCUCACACUGACGUCCAUCCGCUGCUAAAAGCAAGAAGAAAAAAAAAGCAAGAAAAAAAACAACUUUGAUCCAACAUUUUUUUCCUUUUUCUUUCUUUCUUUUUUUUUUUUUUUUUUCCCGCUGCUCUGGAAGCUUUUGCCUCUGGCUUUACCGGUAAGCGUUGGAUCCGUCAACUUACUGCGACUCUCCGGUGUACAGCCCGGACCUCUGCCCCAACAUGAUCGCGACGCAGGCGAAGCUGGUGUACCAGCUCAACAAAUACUACAACGAGAGAUGCCAAGCGCGCAAGGCGGCCAUUGCGAAGACCAUAAGGGAGGUUUGCAAAGUGGUGUCGGAUGUCCUGAAGGAGGUGGAGGUGCAGGAGCCCCGCUUCAUCAGCUCCCUCAGCGAGAUCGACGCGCGCUACGAGGGGAUGGAGGUCAUCUCCCCGAACGAGUUCGAGGUGGUGCUCUACCUCAACCAGAUGGGGGUCUUCAACUUCGUGGACGACGGUUCGCUGCCCGGCUGCGCGGUGCUGAAGCUGAGCGACGGCCGCAAGAGGAGCAUGUCGCUGUGGGUCGAGUUCAUCACCGCCUCGGGCUACCUCUCGGCCCGAAAGAUCCGCUCCCGGUUCCAGACUCUGGUGGCGCAGGCCGUGGACAAGUGCAGCUACCGCGACGUGGUGAAGAUGGUGGCGGACACCAGCGAGGUCAAGCUGAGGAUCAGGGAGCGCUACGUGGUACAGAUCACCCCCGCCUUCAAGUGCACGGGCAUCUGGCCCAGAAGCGCGGCGCAGUGGCCCAUGCCGCACAUCCCCUGGCCCGGACCGAACCGGGUGGCCGAGGUCAAGGCGGAGGGCUUCAACCUCCUGUCCAAAGAGUGCUACUCGCUGACGGGGAAGCAGAGCUCGGCGGAGAGCGACGCCUGGGUGCUGCAGUUCAGCGAGGCCGAGAACAGGCUGCUCAUGGGCGGCUGCAGGAAGAAGUGUCUGUCGGUCCUGAAGACUCUGAGGGACCGGCACCUGGAGCUGCCGGGCCAGCCGCUCAACAACUACCACAUGAAGACCCUGCUGCUGUACGAGUGCGAGAAACACCCGCGGGAGACGGACUGGGACGAGUCGUGCCUGGGAGACCGGCUGAACGGCAUCCUGCUGCAGCUCAUCUCCUGCCUGCAGUGCCGCAGAUGCCCCCACUACUUCUUGCCAAACUUGGACUUGUUUCAGGGAAAGCCUCACUCGGCCCUGGAGGCUGCGGCGAAGCAGACGUGGAGACUAGCGAGGGAAAUCCUCACCAACGCCAAAAGUUUGGACAAAUUAUAGAACAAGAGCCGAGAGACUUUUUUGUUUGGUUGGUUGUUUUUUUUUUGGGAUCAAAUCUAUAAGACUUCUGCAACCGAGUCUCCAAGAAAUGUGAAAAAAAAAAAUAAAAUAAAAA